ACUAAUUUGACAACCUAACCUACAAAAGUGAACCAAUUUAUUUUUAAUUUUCUGUAUAUUUCAAUAAACAAAAUGAGUAUAAAUAAUCUCGUUACGAAUUUAUCUAGAUUAACAAUAAAAUCUCUUCCGAUAACAAGAUGGGUACACUCCAGCAAUCCGUUAUUAUUCAAAACCACCCCCAUACUACUCGGCGAACCGUUGAAAAAGAAGAAACGAAUGGACCCCGCAAUCGUACGAGCCCGAGAGGAAAGGAAGAAGAAGAAACUCGAGAAAGCCAUCAGGAAAUUAGAGAAGCACGCCCGCAAAUUGAAACCCAUAGGCGAAUGCGAAAUACCUUUCGAUCUUUUGGAUACCCUCAACGAAAGAAAAAGAAGUUUACCGGCUCUAUCGAGCGAAAUUCUAGACAAAAGGGCCUUGUUGGAGAAACGAUGGGCCAACUACAAACGAGAGCAACGCUUAAUAGACGUUCAAAUGUUGGAUCGGAUACAAUAUUCGCAACAACGGGCUUUAGACGAGCUGCGAAAAGAAUCCGAGGAAUUAUACCAAGAAGCUAUACAACCCGAUCUGUUGCUGAUGCCUUACAAGGUCGAAGGUCCCGUAGAAACGCCUCCUAUUGAGAACUACAAAAGCCCCGAUGGGGAUUACAAAGAUGUAUCGAAAGUGUGGUAAAUUCGAUUAAAUUGUGUAGUAAUAAAACGUUUAUCUACAUCUACGAAAUGAUUAUUCUACAAUGUAACUUUUGGGCAAAUCGAUGAGCUUCGGGAACUCCCGUACUUCCUCCUCUUUGUACUCGUCGAGCCUCUUCGGCUUCGGGCGCAA